UAUAAAUUCAGUUAUUCUUGUUAACGCGCUCUGCUCCAUCGUAUCAUUUGGAGACGACCUUGGCAAGACAACGUUAUACAGAGCGCACAAUGCCGUUCUUACAUAAACCACACAAAUCAUCAAAUGAUUUGGAAGCACUUAGACAAGACAUUGAAACAGAUGUCCAUACACAAGGUAUCAGUGAAUUAUUAAAAAAAUUAACAGUUGAUCCAAAACAAGGACUAUCAGCAUCAAGGGCUCGUGAAUUAUUGGCUAUCAAUGGACCCAACGCCCUUACUCCACCAAAGAAGACAUCUGAAUUUGCUAAAAUUUGUCGAUGUUGCUGUGGAGGAUUUUCCAUUCUUAUCUGGAUUGGGGCAUUUUUAUGCUUUGGAAAUUAUUUGCUCGAGCACCAGAUUGAAGAGUCAGCUUCUCAAGAUCAUCUAUGGCUUGGUGCUGUAUUGAUAAUGCUCAUAAUGACAACUGGAAUGUUUAGCUAUUAUCAAGAAGCUAAAAGUAUGAAAAUCCUUGAGUCAUUUAAUGAUUUAUUACCACAAAAAGCUAUGGUUUUACGAAACAGCGAAAAACGUGAAAUUCCAGUUACUGAAUUGGUUGUUGGUGAUAUAGCAGUUAUUGAAGUUGGUGAUAGAGCACCAGCUGACAUUAGAAUUCUCGAAUGCCAAGGUCUUAAAGUUGACAAUGCAUCAAUAACUGGUGAAUCAUUGGCACUUAUAAGAUCAACUGAGACAGAAGUUGGAAGUAUACUUGAAGCAAGAAACAUGAUUUUUUUUUCUACAAAUGUUGUUGAGGGAACUGGAAGAGGUGUUGUUGUUGCUUGUGGUGAUCAAACAGUAAUGGGAAGAGUUGCAAAAUUAACAUCAACAUUACCAACAAGACCAACACCACUUAGCCAUGAAAUAAAUUCAUUUAUGACAUAUAUAUCAUGCUGGGCAAUAUUUCUUGGUGUAUCAUUUUUCACAAUGUCACUUGGAAUGGGUUAUGGCUGGAUAAAUUCACUUGUAUUUUUAAUUGGUAUUAUUGUUGCAAAUGUACCAGAAGGUUUAUUAGCAACAAUGACUGUUAGUCUAACAUUAACAGCAAAACGUAUGGCUAGUAAAAAUUGUCUUGUUAAAAAUCUUGAAGCAAUUGAGACACUUGGAUGUACAUCAGUUAUAUGCAGUGAUAAAACUGGAACAUUAACACAAAAUAAAAUGACAGUUCGUCAUUUGUGGUAUGAUGGACAACUCAAAGAAGUCAUGGCAGCUGAUACAUGGAAAAAAUAUUCAAGUUCAGCAGGAUUUGAAAGUUUAGCUAGAGUUGCUAGUCUUUGUAAUCGUGCUGAAUGGGCACCAUUUGAAGGACCACCACCACCAUUUAAUAAACGUAAAAUUCUUGGUGAUGCAUCUGAUUCAGCUUUAUUAAAAUGCAUGGAAUUACUUGUCAAAGGUGGUGCACAAUUUUACAGAAAUCAAUACUCAAAAGUUUUUGAAAUUCCAUUUAAUUCAACUGAUAAAUUUCAAGUUAAUAUACAUUUUUAUAAUGGAAAGCAUUUUUUGGCAUUAAAAGGAGCACCUGAACGUGUACUUGAACGUUGUACUAAACUUGCAUUUGGUAGUGAAACACAAGAAUUAACUGAAGAAGUUAAAAUAGCAUAUACUGAAUCUUGUUAUGAUCUUGCUAGAAAUGGUGAACGUGUAUUGGGUUUUGCUGAUAUGGAAUUACCAGAAGAUGCAUUUCCAGAAGGUUUUGAAUUUAAUGCUGAUCCAAUAAAUUUUCCUCUUGAAGAUUUAAGAUUGAUUGGUCUUAUUGCUAUGCUGGAUCCACCAAGACCAAGUGUACCAGAUGCUGUAUACAGAUGUCGUUGUGCUGGUGUUAAAGUAAUAAUGGUUACUGGUGAUCAUCCUGAUACAGCACGUGCAAUUGCAAAAUCAGUUGGUAUUAUAACUGAAGAUCCACAACAAGAUUCAUCACAUUCAAUUGUCGUUGCUGGUACUGAAUUACGUCAAUUAGAUUCAAAUCAACUUGAUACACUUAUACAAAGUCAUUCAGAAAUUGUAUUUGCAAGAACAUCACCAGUACAAAAAUUACAAAUUGUUGAAAGUUGUCAAAGACUUCAUUUUAUAACAGCUGUUACUGGUGAUGGUGUUAAUGAUUCACCAGCAUUAAAAAAAGCUGAUAUUGGAGUCGCUAUGGGAAUAAGUGGAUCUGACGUCAGUCGACAAGUCGCUGAUUUAAUACUUUUAGAUGAUAACUUUGCAUCGAUUGUAACUGGUAUAGAAGAAGGAAGACGUAUAUUUGAUAAUCUUAAAUCUAGUAUUGCUUAUACACUUGCAAGUAAUAUACCAGAAAUAACACCAUUUUUAGCAUUUAUUGCAUUGGGAAUACCUCUUCCUGUUGGUGUUAUAUGUGUACUAUGUAUUGAUUUGGGUACUGACAUGUGGCCAGCAAUAUCUUUGGCUUAUGAAAAAUCAGAAAAUGACAUUAUGUUGAGACGUCCUCGUCGUCCAUUGAAAGAUCAUCUUGUUAGUGGAAAAUUAAUAUUCAUGGCUUAUGGACAAAUUGGAAUGAUUGAAGCAGCUGCUGGUUUCUUUACUUAUCUUGUUGUCAUGGCUGAUUAUGGUUUUUAUCCUGGACGUUUACUUGGUUUACGUGCUGAAUGGGAUAAUGUUGCUGUUAAUGAUUUACGUGAUGGUUUUGGACAAGAAUGGACAUAUAAACAACGAAAAGUAUUAGAAUUUACUUGUCAUACAGCAUUUUUUAUUGCAAUUGUUAUUGUACAACUUGCUGAUGCUGUUAUUUGUAAAACAAGACGUAAUUCAAUAUUUCAACAAGGAAUGAAUAAUUGGGUAUUAAAUUGGGGUCUUGUAUUUGAAGUUGUAAUGGCAUGUGUUGUAUCAUAUGCACCAUUUAUGGAAAUAAUAUUAAAAACUUAUCCACUUGAAGCAACAUGGUGGUUACCUGGUAUACCAUUUGCAAUUGUCAUAUUUGUUUAUGAUGAAUUACGUAAAUUAUGGAUUAGAAAGCAUCCCGGUGGUUGGUGGGAUCGUGAAACUUCGUAUUAAAUAUUAAAUUUAUAUAUUUAGUAAAAAAAACAAAACAAAACAAAACAAAAAAUUUAUAUAUAUAUUAAUAUUAAUAUUAUUAUAUUAUAUAUAUACCCGGUAGUUCCAUUGCCGAGUAAUACAAAGCUCAGGUACAAUUUUUUUGUUUUCAGUUUAUUUAUUAUUUUAAUUUUAAACGUUUUUACAAAUAUAUAUAUAUAUAUUAUAAACUAUAUACAUGUUGUUCUGGGGGUUGAGCGAAUUUUUUUUGCGUAAUGCUCCAAAACAAUCGCCAUUGCAUUACCAAAUUGUGUUCUUUGCUGCCACAAUUUUACACUUUUCUAUAAAUUUUACAUAGACAAAAUAAAAAUAAUAAAUAAUUAAGUACAAUUAAUUCAGUUGCCGAUAAAAAACAAUCCAUAUAUAUUCUGAAAGCAAAAAAAAUUCAAGUAUUUUUUUUUCUAGUCAAAUUAACAAAAUACAAAAAAAAAAUAUGAUAAUUUUAAUUAUUCCGUAAUAUAUACAAAAAUAAAUUAUGAUAAAUACUUGAAUUGAUUUUGUGAUUAGGAUUGUACUCUAAGAAAGGAUAAAAAUAUGAACAGAAUAAUGAAAGAAAAAAAAAAAAAAAUAGAAAUUUAAUUGUCAUGUGGAAAAAGC